UUUUUUCUUACACCUUAUCUCUUCACUCUUCCUUCAUCUUCUUCCCACGUUGUCUGCUUCUUCUCCCUUUUCUUUAUUUCUUUAUUUAUUUUUUUAAACAUAUAUAUUAUAUGUGUAAGUAUUUCAACCCUUUAAUCAAUUUAAAACUACCCCAUUAUUAAAAUAAAUAAAUAAAGACUGCAACUUUUUUCAUAGGUGAAGAAAUCAAGAAAAGAUGAGAUCUAUGAAUCUUGUGGAUUCAUGGGUUCAGACAACAUACUCCACUUUCAAGCAACCAAUCCCAUGUAAAUCCUUCAUCGGCUUCAUCUGCCGGCCCGGUAUUAAGCCCGGUUUUCCCAGAUCGAAAAAGCCCAUUUCCUCGCUCAGCGUUUCCGCCAUUAUCGCCGAGGAGGAACCUAAGAUCGACGCCGCCGCCAAACCUCCGCCGUUCAAUUUCAAUGCUUAUGUUGCCGAGAAGGCUAAUUUUGUGAACAAGGCACUCGACGACGCAGUUCCGGUGAGGAGCCCGCCGAUGAUCCACGAGGCGAUGCGGUACUCGCUGCUGGCCGGAGGGAAGAGGGUACGGCCGAUGCUCUGCAUCGCCGCCUGCGAGGUGGUCGGCGGCCACCAGUCCGCCGUCGUCCCCGCCGCCUGCGCGGUGGAGAUGAUACACACUAUGUCACUCAUCCACGACGACCUGCCCUGUAUGGACGACGACGACCUCCGCCGUGGGAAGCCCACCAACCACGUUGUUUACGGCGAGGAUGUGGCUGUGCUGGCAGGUGAUUCUCUACUAGCAUUUGCAUUCGAGUUCAUGGCCACCGCCACCGAGGGGGUGGCACCAAGUCGUGUCCUAGCGGCAGUAGGCGAGCUGGCGAAAGCCAUCGGCGCAGAGGGGCUAGUGGCGGGACAGGUGGUGGACUGA